UGGAGGCGGAAUAGCCGGUGUGACCAGGUUGAUGGUCGGGGUCUGUGUACCCAGCUCCUGUACUCAACAUGACGUUAUUCAGCAACUGGACGGCAGUAUCUACUGGCGUGUCCUCGUUCAACAAGGAAUGUUACAAGUGACGUCCGCCUAUUCACAGAAAUCCCCACCUAUCCAGGGCGUCACUAUUGCUGCGAUUUGUAUCUGCAGUGUCGUCCUUCUUCUAAACGCGAUCGGCACCGUCUAUGACGUCAUCAUCCACCAACCCCGACUGUUGGCCAUUAAAAGGCAAAAGGAGAGUGAAGCACAAGAGCCAGACCUUCCCGUGACUCUACCUGACGACAAAACGUUUGUGAUGAACGCACUCCCUUCAAAUGAAACUCCAGCAGCUGGCGAUAAAACGUCUGUGAUAAAUACAGUCCCUCCCAAGGAAACUCCGGCAGCAAAAGAAGGUGCCGGUACACAUAUCGCCGGCCGUGUCCUCCUGUGCUUCUCCCUCUACACCAACAUCGGGAAGCUCCUCAGCACCAAACAGGCACCCGGCAGCAUCACGUGUCUCCACGGCAUCCGCUUCAUCAGUCUGACCUGGGUCAUCCUGGCACACACGUACGGGUUCGCCCGCAACCGGUCGCACUUUGACAACCCAAUAGAGCCCUUUGAGAUCGUGAAAACGUUUACAUUUCAAGCCAUCAAUAAUAGCUUCAUUGCCGUGGACUCUUUCUUCUUCCUCAGUGGGCUCCUGAUGUCGUACGUUCUUUUGAGGCAGAUCGCAAAGAAACAAGCAAUGGGGCAAUCAGUUCCAUACGGGAUGGUGUAUUUCCACAGAUAUUGGAGGUUGACGCCUACAUACAUGUUCGUCUUGAUGCUGUACAUGUGGGUGCUUCCCUACAUGUUCUCCGGUCCCUUUUGGCCAAAACCUCCUAACGGGAUAGAUCCGAACUGUGGGAAAAACUGGUGGACGAACCUACUGUAUAUUAACAAUCUUGUCAACUCUGACAAGGAGUGUAUGGACUGGACCUGGUACUUGGCCAAUGAUAUGCAGUUCUUUGUCAUAGGAGUUCCUCUCGUCUACAUACUGUACAGGUGGCAGAUAGUGGGGCUUGUUGUGCAGCUGGUUCUUCUGUUGGCAAGCUUCAUCACUAUUGCAGUCAUCAGUUGGCAAUAUGACAUAAAAGCUCCUCGCCUCACAUUAUACUGGCCUAUGUACUAUGUCAAGCCAUAUUGCCGCAUUGGACCGUACCUGGUGGGAGUUUUUGUUGGCUGGAUGCUUAACAAGAUAAACGGAAACCGACAAACCGUGAGACUGUUGAUGGCCGUUGGUUGGCUGGUUGCUGCUGCCUCUGCCGUGGCUGUGUUGUAUUCACCAUACGGCGUGUACCAGGGGACAGCGUUCAAGACCGAACACGAGCACGUGCUGUACGUGACUCUGCACCGCACUGUCUGGGGCAUGGCGCUGGGCUGGGUGGUUCUCGCGUGUUACUAUGGAUACGGAGGAGUGGUGGACAUCAUCCUUUCAUGGAAGGCCUUGGUGCCCCUGAGCAAACUGACCUACUGUGCCUACCUGGGGCACCUUCUGGUGGUGUUGGCAGUAUAUCUCUCCAGGGAUCUGCCCAUCCACUUCACGUCAUUCAGUAUGAUCUACUUCUUCUUGGGACACGUGGCUCUAGCAUAUGCUUUUGCCUUCCUGGUGUCUGUGGCGGUGGAAAUACCACUGGUGCAACUGGAGACAAUCAUCUUCAAGAGAUAAGAAACAAAACUUUAGCAAUUUCAUGGUUAUUUUCAACACUUGCAAUAAUACGUUCAAAUUGAUCUUCUUCUCUGAAU